ACACGAUAUUUAUGUUUCCCCAUAUACAGAUUUUUCUGCCCGUCUGAUGACAGACUUCUAUUUUUAGAUCUGUUAAGCACCUGUUUUGAGCUGCUGAAUUCAGUGUCGAGAUGUCUACGGAUCGAAUCUCUGCAGCACCCCCGAGCAAGAAGAGAAAGGCAGCACACAAAGAUGGGGGCUUUCCUGCUUUGAAUCCAAUUGUUCCUGCUCCUCCUGCUUGCAAACCCAGAUUUCUAUUAUGUUCAGAAGAUUCAAAAAAGGACUACAAUGAUUGUAACCAGGUUGAAUUGGAUAGUACCAGUUUUGGCAAUGGAGAUGAUAGUUAUAAUGUGGGAGGUAAUGAAGAGUGCCACACGCCCAAGGGUGAGGAGCACCGUGUACCUCAAAUUCUAUCAUGCCCACUUGCUCCAAAAAAACCCAGAUCUACAGCAAGGAUAAAGACCAUGGAAUUCUUUUCUCUCACUCCUCUUGAGCUGCAAUUGUUGUUUAAUCUCUCCUAGCUCAAAAAGUUGAGAUUAGUUGGAGCACAUUUCAGAUUUCUUGAAGAACAUUUGAAAUCAUGUAAAAUGUAUUAUCUUCUAUGGAAUUUUGUAUCUCUUAUUUUGUUCAUGUACAAGAAAUCUAUAUUUUGUUCA